AUGACUUCGCCCAGAGCGUGUUCUUCUAACGAUCUGUCUUCUAUAACGACUCCCACAUCUACGGUGCUUACUCCCGCCGAAUAUAAUCUUGUACAAUAUCCACCUUACCAUCACAAUGUCCCUCUCAAUACUCUUCUGGAUUGUCGUACCCGAAAAAGGUCUCCUCCCCGCGCAAAAAAUUUAUGGCUUAUUUUCCGAAUAGCUUUCGCAAGCAAUCUGCGUGCCAAAUUCCCCGAAAGAUCUUAUAAUCUUAAAGAAAUAUCAAAGAUGGCUAGUGAAGACUGGAAACGUCAGCCCUUUACGGUAAAGCGUUACUUUAACGCACUUUCCAAGUUGGCUUUGCAGCGUCAUAAAAUUAUACAUCCCGAAUAUACUUACAAGCCGAGAGGGAGAAGGCAGAAAAAGAAGUCCCAAUUAUUGUUCAUCGAGGUAAACGAAGAUAAGAUCAUGACGCGUAGGAACUAUAAUAAGAACGCAAACAAAAAGCAAGAGAGCAGAAAAGACGAAUGUGGUGAAUUUUGCAGUAGAGAGGUUGAGAAUGAGUGUGGGUAUGUGGAAGAUAUCAGUGAGCAAUGUCAAUCAGAGGCGAGUCAAGCUAUUGCUGAGCAAUAUCCCGUAGAUCAGGUUAUAUCUGAGCAAUGUUGGUCAAUGGAUGAUGUUAUCUCUGAGGCUUAUCAGACAGUAGAUCAGGUCAUCUCUGAGUCGUGUCAGCCAGUGGAUCAGGCCACCUCUGGGUCGUAUCAGCCAGUGGAUCAGGUCAUCUCUGGGUCGUAUCAGACAGUGGAUCAGGUAAUUUUUGAGCCGUAUCAGGCAAUAAAUCAUUCGGUCGCUGAGCGGUAUCCGGUGGAUCAGCUUGAAUUUCCAAUGAACCACGUUAUCGCCGAGCAGUCUCCUUUGAGUCAAAUUACAGCUGAACAGUAUCCAGCAAAUCAGGCCAUAGUUGGACACUAUCCAGUGAAUUAUGAUAUUGCUGAGCAAUACCAGUCAGACGUGAAUCAAAUUAUAGUUGAGCAACACCCAGUGUAUCAGUUUAUGGCUGAUCAGUAUCGGUCGGAAAUGGAUCAGACUGUACUUAAGCAAUAUCUACUGGGCCAUGAUCAAUAUCCGGUGGAUAAGCUUAUACUUGAACGAUUUCCAAUGGAUCAGGUAAUGGCUGAGAAACAAUCUAUUGUAGAACAAUAUCUGCUUGAUCAGGUUCUCGCCGAGUAUCCAGUGGAUGGGCUUGUACUGCGACAAUAUCCUGUGGAUCACACUUUAGAAUCGCAGAAUGAGUUAUACGAUCAGGUAAUCAAUCGGAUCAGGUGA